CACAGCAGUACCAAACUGAGAUUAGGGAGGGGGCAACGUGUACCCUGUACCGUACAGCUGUAAAGCAUCAACAAGCCUCUCCAAUCGUCACACGUGCACUCUUGUACCGCUCCGAUUCUGUGCUUUUUCCGAUUCAUUUGCUCCUUGAUUCCUUCGCGAUGGAAGGGAGGUGAUUCUCAUCGCCGCCAUUUUUUGGGGAACUGCCUAUUGAAGAGAGAAACUUUGACGUUAGCAGCUAUCUAGUUGGCCAGUAUCUUGCCUGCCUACCCGUUCGUUGUGACUGCUAUAACGCCUGGCAGUCGUACAGCCACAGCAGCUUGCUUCACGUUGGAAUAAAUUAUCCCUGCGGCCGACCAUUAUACAUGACAAAGACAACGGUUAUUGCUAAAGUGAACGAUGUAGAUAGAAGUCAGUGUGCUCGUCUAUAUUGGGCAGUGCAAUUGUGCGGCUGGAUUAGCAUUGCUAAUGUGUAGCUAGGGAGUUCACACUUUGAUUUCUCUGGACUGCAAUGCCUCGUCUGUGAUUUAGCGUCAGUCACUUAAAGUUACUCUGCUGGAAUAACCAGCCGUUUAUACACCACUUCGCAACCUGUGUGGAUUCAUUUAAACCGGGUGCCCAUGUGCUGGUUCCUUAGGCCCAUCCAUUACUGCAGAUGAAUCUUCAGCUGCUUUGGUGUAGCUCAGCACCCAGAUAGUCCCAUCCCCUUUGAGUGGGUGACAAGGGACUACAUUAACCAGGAUGCCCUCCUCUGUAAGGGCAGGGAGCCUAAAGGAUCCGGAUGUGGCUGAGCUUUUCUUCAAAGAAGACCCAGAGAAGCUUUUCUCUGACCUCCGAGAGAUUGGCCAUGGCAGCUUUGGCGCUGUCUACUUUGCACGAGAUGUACGCACAAAUGAGGUGGUGGCAAUUAAAAAGAUGUCCUACAGUGGCAAACAGUCCAAUGAGAAAUGGCAGGAUAUUAUAAAGGAGGUGAAGUUUCUCCAGAGGAUCCGGCACCCCAACAGUAUAGAAUACAAAGGUUGUUACCUCCGAGAGCACACAGCAUGGCUGGUGAUGGAGUACUGUCUCGGCUCAGCCUCCGACCUGCUAGAAGUUCAUAAAAAACCUUUACAAGAAGUAGAGAUUGCUGCAAUUACACAUGGUGCUCUGCAAGGGCUGGCCUACCUUCAUUCCCACAAUAUGAUCCACAGGGAUGUGAAGGCCGGUAACAUUCUGCUGACUGAGCCUGGGCUGGUCAAACUGGCAGACUUUGGCUCUGCCUCCAUUGCCUCACCUGCCAACUCCUUUGUGGGAACGCCAUAUUGGAUGGCCCCAGAGGUCAUUCUAGCUAUGGACGAGGGCCAGUAUGAUGGGAAGGUGGACAUCUGGUCCUUAGGGAUCACCUGUAUAGAAUUAGCGGAGAGGAAGCCUCCCUUGUUUAACAUGAAUGCAAUGAGUGCCUUAUACCACAUAGCGCAAAAUGAGAGCCCCACACUGCAAUCCAGUGAAUGGACUGAUUACUUUAGAAACUUUAUUGAUUCUUGCCUUCAGAAAAUCCCCCAAGACAGACCACACUCUGACGAUAUGCUGGGUCAUGCGUUUCUGCAGCGUGAACGUCCGGACUCAGUGCUCAUGGAUCUUAUUCAGAGGACCAAGGAUGCAGUGCGGGAGCUUGACAACCUGCAGUAUCGCAAGAUGAAGAAGAUCCUCCUUCAGGAGGCCCACAACGGACCCACAGCAGAAGCCCAGGAUGGAGACGAGGAGCUGGAGCCAAGCGGAGGACGGACAGGAACAGUGAACAGUGUCGGCAGUAAUCAGUCCAUUCCCAGCAUGUCCAUCAGCGCCAGCUCCCAGAGCAGCUCUGUCAACAGUCUGAACGAAGCGGCCCAGGACAGCCGCAGUGAGCUGGAACUGAUGGAGGGAGACCACACCGUCAUGUCCAACAGCUCCGUCAUACACCUCAAACCGGAAGAAGAGGAGAGUUUCUCUGGGGAGCAGGCAGCCAGCAAUGAACCCUCUGAGCCCCAGCCAACACCAGCUCAGCCCCCGAGGAAGCACUACCGCAACAGAGAGCACUUUGCCACCAUACGCACAGCGUCACUCGUGACCCGUGAGAUGCAGGAACACGAGCAGGACUCGGAGCUGCGGGAGCAGAUGUCUGGAUACAAACGCAUGAGGAGGCAACAUCAGAAGCAUCUGAUGGCCCUGGAGAACAAGCUGAAAGGGGAGAUGGAUGAGCACAGGCUGAGGCUGGACAAAGAGCUGGAGAGCCAGAGGAACAACUUCACCCAGGAAAUGGAGAAGCUGCUCAAAAAACACCAGACGGCCCUGGACAAAGACCUUAAGACGUUUACCAACGACGAGAAGAAGUUCCAGCAGCACAUCCAGGUGCAGCAAAAGAAGGAGCUCAGCAGCUUCCUGGAGUCACAGAAGCGGGAGUAUAAACUACGCAAGGAGCAGCUCAAAGAGGAACUGAGCGAGAACCAGUCGACUCCUAAGAAAGAGAAGCAGGAGUGGCUGUCCAAGCAGAAAGAGAACAUCCAGCACUUCCAGGCGGAGGAGGAGGCCAACCUGCUCAGGAGACAGAGGCAGUACCUGGAGCUAGAGUGCCGGCGGUUCAAACGUAGGAUCCUCAUCGCCAGACACAAUGUGGAGCAGGAUCUUGCUAGAGAGGAGCUGAACAAACGGCAGACACAGAAGGACCUGGAGCAUGCCAUGCUGCUCAGACAUCACGAGUCGAUGCAGGAGCUGGAGUUCAGGCAUCUGGGGACGAUCCAGAGGGCGCGGGCAGAGCUGAUCCGGACCCAGCACCAGACAGAGCUCACCAACCAGCUGGAAUACAAUAAGAGAAGGGAGAGGGAGCUGAGGCGGAAGCAUGUCAUGGAGGUCCGUCAGCAGCCCAAGAGCCUCAAGUCCAAGGAGCUUCAGAUUAAAAAGCAGUUCCAGGAGACUUGUAAAACCCAGACCAGGCAGUACAAGGCCCUCCGGAACCAUCUGCUGGAGACCACGCCAAAGGCUGAUCACAAGGCCGUGCUCAAGAGGCUGAAGGAGGAGCAGACCAGGAAGCUGGCCAUCCUGGCUGAGCAGUACGACCACUCCAUUAAUGAAAUGCUCUCUACACAGGCUCUGCGGUUAGAUGAAGCUCAAGAGGGGGAAUGUCAGGUUUUAAGGAUGCAGCUGCAGCAGGAGUUGGAGCUGCUCAACGCCUAUCAGAGCAAGAUCAAGAUGCAAACAGACGCUCAGCACGACAAGGAGAGGAGGGAGCUGGAGCAGAGGGUCUCACUGCGGAGGGCCCUGCUGGAGCAGAAAAUUGAGGAGGAAAUGCUUGCGCUGCAGAACGAGCGCCUGGAGCGAAUCCGCUCACUGCUGGAACGCCAGGCCCGAGAGAUCGAGGCUUUUGACUCGGAGUCAAUGCGGCUGGGCUUCAGCAACAUGGUGCUCACUAACCUGGCUCCCGAUUCCCAGGGAGGCUGGGGGGGAGGAGGUGGAGGUGGCCAGGGGGCUCAGGGUGGAGGCCACUGGCUUGGUGGAGGAGGCGCCCACCAUAGUCAUCACCACCAGGGGGGCUCCAGCUCACAGCAGCCCUGGGGUCACCCCAUGCUUGCUGGGGGACCGCCACCCUGGAGCCUCCACCACCCUGGAGGAGGGAAUCAGAGGGGUAGCGCGGGAGGCGCAGGAGGGGUGAGGAACAGCCCUCAGGCUAUGAGGAGGACGCCAUCGGGGGGGAGAAAUGAACAGGGCAUGAGCAGGAGCGCCAGCAUCACCUCUCAGAUCUCCAACGGAUCCCACCUGUCAUACACUUAGAACACAAACACACACAAGCAACACGAUAAUUGUCUUAAAGUCAAAUUCUUGUGCGCCAAGGUUGACGCCACACAGACACACACCAUUCAUGCACCACACAUGAUUCACAUACACUUUUUUUGCCACAGUCCGUCUAACACACGCUGCACAGUGCUAAGACUGGGCUUACCUCAGCCCAGUUUCUCUCCAUCAACACUGCUCUCUUACAGCAGUCUACUGCUAGCAGCAGUCUGUGGAAACCCAGAAGUCUUGAGACUCAUCCAAGAUGGCUGAGGGCCAUAUACAGAAAGCCACAGUGCAAUAGUGUCAUUUUUACUGUAGCCUUCAGUGUUAUUUUAUGUGUUUUGCCAUGUUAGUCUCUGUUGCCAUUGACCCAAAGUAGUAUAAGCAUAUCAUCUACCAUGGAGUUUAUUAUUAAGAGCUUGUUUUGCAGUAUGCAGUUUAAUACAUGUGGGGUAAAUUGGAUGCUUUCACAAUACGGUGCAUUGUGGGAACAUUUGCAUCCAGUGUGCAAUUUGUAGAAUUACAUUUGAAAAAUGUGUUACCUCAAAUCACUCACAGCUCAAGAUUUAAGCACAGACAUCUUACUGAUAGAAAGUGUAAUGAGAUUGUUGUUUAUGUGCAGUUACAGACGAAUGAGAAGGCAGGUGGUAAUGUAGGUGUCUAAUUUAAGAUUAAAGAACAGACAGUUUCAGAACACAUUGGGUCUAGAAGGAUCAUGAAAAAAGUACAAAGGUUGUUUUAAGUAAGUACCAGUGGGUAUUUGAUUUUAUAGUAGUAUCACAGGGACGUCCAAAGUGUCACAAAUAGCUAAGAGCAUGCAAUCUUUCAAUUCAGCCGAAGUGACUUAACUGAGAGGGUUAUUCUCCACCAGUGAGGAAAUCUAACCAGUGAAAUCACCUUAUGCAAUGUGUUACUGAUAUGGAGUUUUUGUGUACUGUGAGCAGGGCUACAAAAAUGCCAAAGUUAUGGGUGCACAGUUGGAUCCAUACCAACAUACUCUUAUGUAUUUAAUGAGAUUGUGCCAGAGAUGUCAGUGGAAAUUCAGGUAUUACUAUGUGGCCAAGUUAAAUGCAUGUGUUGCUGGAUUGAAGGAGAGAAAGGGGUCAUUUCUUGCGCAUCCUCAUUGGCUCAGCUCUUGGGUUUCCACAGACCUCUGCCCACUCUUUACUUACGGCUGCCCAGUGGACAGCCAGUCUGAGGGAUACUGUAGCCUUAUUAGACCACAGCCGUCAUAACAGGGAUGGGUUUUCAGCAGCAUCUAACCUCUACUUGAAUAGUAUCAAAACUAAUGUUCACUCCUAAAUUGUUUGCAGUAAUUUUCUGGUCUAAUCGGGCCCUGUGUUGAUCCAUCAUAGCAAUGCACGAUGCAGUUAAAAAAAACUUUCUCUGACAAAUAGAACCAUGCCUGUUGGUCUACCUCAAGAACAUUCGAGCAGAGCUUCACCACAGGGUGUCAUCAUUAACAAUGACUUGCACUUUGGCACAGGCCUUCACCCACACUAAACAAUGAUUAGAUUAUCACACACACACACACACACACACACACACACACACACACACACACACACAUGCAUACAAUAGUUAUAGAAUUGUUAUUCCCCAGUGAAACAGUAUGUCCCUUCGCCCACUUGGUUGAUGAAUGCAUAUACAUGUGUACAUUUUGUGAAAAUGAGAUUGGGACAUAAAAGUUGUUAAAAACAGAAGAAAAAUGACAUACUCAGCAGUUGUUUGUUGAGUUGGCUACAAAUGAGCAACACACUUGGCAGCAUUUGUGUCGGCGCAACAAAUCCAUCUCAGUUGCCCAAUUGCCUAAAAAUGACCCUGUGUGUUUUUAAUUUAAAAAAAAAAAUGGGACUAGAAUUACAGUGAAUGGGCAGGAGCGUAAAUGAGGAGCUUUACUAGCCCUCUGCUGGUUGGUGACUGCUGAAUGUCUCGUUGGGCGGGUGGGCGGUGAUGCUGUGAUCUCUGCUGCCAUGCUCCUGCGACCUUCCCCGGUCUGACAUCCCACUCUGUCUCAUCCCCGGUGAACCCAAUGUCAUGUUCUGACCAGCGACCUCCCUGAUUCCCUUCACCUUCGUUUCCUCCCCUCCUCAGCCUGUUGUGGUCGUCACCCCCUCCUUGAUCUAAUUGGGAAGAGCUCUUUAAGUAAAAUAAAGUAGAUAUAUGUAUGUAUUAUUAUAUAAAUCUAUGAAAAGGGUUAUAGAAAAAAACAAGAUAAAGGUGGAAGUACUAUUGAGAAAUGCAGAGAUUAUGCAUUAUACUUUUUAAAGGAGGAAUGUACAGGAAACUUGUUAAUAUUGUACUGUAUAUUUUGAAUUUGAAAAUAUGAAAAUCCAAUUGACAAAUCAAAUACAAAUUAACUAGUGAUGCGGACACAGUGAUGUGGUUUUAGACCAGCGGUAUUCAAAUGAACGUUCAAUUUACAGCUGCUGGGUUUUCCCUGUCUUGCAGCUGCGAGUUCUGAAACUUGAUACAGAUAUUCUGUUGUGAAUGAUAACACAACUCUAGGUCAUAUUGCAUUGAGUAAAUGGCAACAUUUUGUUUAAUGCUGAAUAAGGGUGAUUUUGCACAUAAUUUGAAAUCUAGUUAGGUGUAGCUUUGCAUUAGCAAUGGCUAUAUUUUAUUGACAUGAUACCCAACAUAGAAGACUCAAUGUGUCUAUUUAGGUUUUUCAUGGUUUUUAGAAGACUCAGCCCUAAAGUGAAUGUUAUAAUAACACAGAACAGUAAAGAAUUGUCUUCAAAUAGCUGAAUUCUACAAUAUUUGGUUUAUUAUACAACCAAAAUUCUUGCACAAGACGGUGAAAACACAUCUGUUGUUUUAUAUCUACAAAAGGGUUACUCUUAGGUGUUGUGGGGUCCAUUAAUAUAAUUUGUACUUCAGCAAUGAAACAUCCACCCUCUUCUGUUGUGGUUAUACACAAAGCAUUUUCACACUGCACUUAAGUUUUUGCCUUUUUAUCUUACCACCCUGCACUCAGAAUUUAUAAUGAUGUUGUUUCUCUUGGCUAAGUUCGUAAAACAGGAAAACAACAGAAUGUGGUGGUCAAACUGUUCUCUUCAGCCAGUAUGCCGUUGUACCAAACUCUUUCAUCAAACCUUUUUCCAGUUCUCUAAUGUUUAAUUUCCUUUUAUGCGAGAAAGGUUAAUUUUACUUUCCAGAAGAUGUCAGCAGAUUUCGGCCAUAUUUUUAGACCUUUUCUUGUGUUUACUAGAACUCCCAGGUGUUUUGCGAGGUAGUCGGGCAGAGUCCAGCUUUAGACCUUGGUCACUCUGAACUGGAUCAGUUGCACUGAUUGCACAAGUGAUUGACCAGAUUAAAGAGUCUACUGUGAUUCCCAUAGUGUUGCUGAGGGACUGCUGCCAUUGGCUGAAAUAGGCGAGGGUUACGUCUCUGUACAGUCUGUUUAUCAGUAUUCCCUUUAUCUCUCCUGUCAUUUGGUGGAUCUUGCUGUUUUAUUCUCCUUAGCCCAGGGACCUGUAUUAAACUGUAUUAAAUUGUAUAGAUUGUGCAAAAAGCUGAAUGUCGCAUAGCAGAAGAGAAAAGCUAUUCCUUACAGAUGACAAAGUGAUUUAAAAUGUAUCAAAGACAUUGAGAAACAAAGUUUAGGUGGAUAAAUGUAAUAUUUUGUUUGUAAUUACUAUUUUUAGUUGGAAGAGGGCUACUGGAUAAAGAAUCAUCUGUAAUAAAGUAAUUUUAAUA